GCAGUCCCCGGAACACCACGCCAUUUUCCCUUUGCAGCCCACUGCACCACUUCAAUCCAUUGCUUUGAGUGCAUCUCUCACUCUACAGCAUACCUACCGCUGACUGGAGUCCCUCCCUUGACAAACAUUGUCUGCGUCUACUGCAACUAUUUACACCAUGGAAUCCGGUGCUACAUCUCCAGCGCCGCCAACGCGUGCGUCCCCAUCACCUCCAGCCUCUGCCGGCGGCUUCGCCAUGGAUCAGACGAUUAACGGACAGCCUCCAGCGGUACAAACCAUCACGGCGAAGAACCCCAAGGCCGCAGCUGCCAUGGCAAACGACAUGAACAUUGUGCGCAGGAAGCUCACGGGCUACGUCGGUUUCGCCAACCUGCCCAACCAGUGGCACCGCAAGAGUGUACGCAAGGGCUUCAACUUCAAUGUCAUGGUUGUUGGUGAGUCUGGCCUCGGAAAGUCGACGCUGGUCAACACCCUCUUCAACACGUCGCUGUACCCGCCCAAGGAGCGCAAGCCCCCGAGCCUCGACAUCUCCAAGACGGUCUCGAUACAGUCCAUCAGCGCCGACAUUGAGGAAAACGGUGUUCGUCUGAGGUUAACAGUCGUCGACACACCCGGCUUCGGUGACUUCAUCAACAACGACGAGUCGUGGGACCCGAUUGUCAAGAAUAUUGAGCAAAGGUUCGACGCCUACCUCGACGCCGAGAACAAGGUCAACCGCAUGAACAUUGUCGACAACCGCAUCCACGCCGUCGUCUACUUCAUCCAGCCCACUGGCCACUCGCUGAAGCCCAUCGACAUCGAGGUGAUGAAGAAGCUUCACACCAAAGUCAACCUCAUCCCCGUCAUCGCCAAGGCCGACACCGUUACUGACGAUGAAAUCGACAACUACAAGAAGAGGAUUCUUGCAGAUAUCGCCUACCACAAGAUCCAGAUCUUCGAGGGACCACGGUACGAGCUUGACGACGAGGAGACGAUUGCCGAGAACCAGGAGAUCAUGGCCAAGGUUCCCUUUGCCGUUGUCGGUUCCAACACCGAGGUCACCACGGUUGACGGCCGCAAGGUGCGUGGGCGUGCGCUUCCCUGGGGUGUUGUCGAGGUGGACAACGAGGAGCACUGCGACUUUGUCAAGCUGCGCCAGAUGCUCAUCCGCACCCACAUGGAGGAGCUCAAGGAGAACACCAACAACGCGCUCUACGAGAACUACCGCUCGGAGAAGCUCGCACAGAUGGGCAUCCAGCAAGACUCCAGCGUGUUCAAGGAGGUCAACCCUGCGGUCAAGCAAGAGGAGGAGCGUUCGCUCCACGAGGCCAAGCUCCAGAAGAUGGAAAUGGAGAUGAAGAUGGUGUUCCAGCAAAAGGUGCAGGAGAAGGAGAGCAAACUCCGCCAGAGCGAAGAAGAGCUGUACGCCCGUCACAAGGAGAUGAAGGACCAGCUAGACCGGCAACGACAAGAGCUCGAGGAGAAGAAGGCACGCAUCGAGUCGGGCCGGCCGAUCGAAGAAAAGGGCAAGAGAAAGGGAUUCUCGCUCCGCUAAGGCGGGCCAGCUGGCGACUGGAUCGUUUCCCCUGCUCCGCUCUGGACGAUAUCACGCCUCUCGACCGAACCUUUCCAGUUCUCUACACCCUCUUACAGACCUUGUUUAAUAUAAUGCGGCCGACGAUACCACUGGGUGCUAUCGGUAAAAGGGAUAAUACGCAGCGGUGCGACAUUGGGCACCCAGCAACCCAGUGUCACGUCUUGGUGCAGUUGUCCGGAUUGUUGAUUGAUACCAACGUCUUUGCGCUCCUUCCGAUUCCCUUGCUUCUCUUUCAGCAUUUUCUAUUAUUUAGUAUUCCGCAGACGUAGUUCGGAGCGUGGAGUGUGUCGGACAGGUUCUUUUCAUGUACUCUACAGACCAUCAUACUAGGCAAAUUUCAUUUGUUGGCAGAAAAAAAAA